CAAGCCAACAAGAAAACAUUUCAAGCUUUGGGGCAAAGAAAAUGAAGACCCUUUUUGUCCUUUUUCUUCUACUUCUCUGUUUUUUUGCGAUCAACGCGAAUCAAGAAGAAGAAAUCAAUCAAGAGAACCUACCACAAUCUCAUCAUAAUCUCCUUCACAAAGUCCAACAAUGGAGAACAUCUCUGAAAGAAUCAAGUGCUGCAGAACUCAAGCUAUCUUCAGCAAUCAUUGUGGCCGGAGUGUUAUGCUUCCUCGCUGCCUUAAUCUCGAGCGCAGGUGGAAUCGGCGGUGGAGGUUUAUUCAUUCCAAUCAUGACUAUAGUUGCAGGGCUUGACUUAAAAACCGCUUCAAGCUUCUCUGCUUUUAUGGUAACCGGGGGAUCGAUUGCGAAUGUAAUCAACAAUCUCUUUGGUGGCAAAGCGUUGCUUGAUUACGACUUAGCCUUGCUUCUUGAGCCUUGUAUGCUUUUAGGAGUGAGUAUUGGUGUUAUCUGCAACAGAGUUUUGCCUGAAUGGCUUAUCACAGUUCUCUUCGCGGUGUUUCUCGCUUGGUCUAGCUUAAAGACUUGUAGAAGUGGAGUCAAGUUUUGGAAAAUUGAGUCUGAGAUUGCGAAAGGAAAAGGACAUGAGAGGCCCGAGAAAGGAGAAGGCCAAAUAGAGGAGGACAAUCUUAAAGCACCUUUACUUGAAGCUCAAGUGAACAGAAAGAAAUCAAAGAUUCCAUGGACAAAACUUGGUGUCUUGGUUAUUGUUUGGGCGUCUUUCUUUGUUAUUUAUCUUCUCCGUGGAAACAAAGAUGGCAAGGGAAUCAUAACGAUAAAGCCCUGUGGUGUGGAGUAUUGGAUUCUGCUUUCACUUCAGAUACCUCUUGCUUUGAUUUUCACAAAGUUGGCUCUUUCAAGAACCGAAACUCGCCAAGAACAAUCCCCGAACAAUCAGAAAAAUCAAGAAGGUACAGGACUGGACAAGUCCACGCGGUUAAAGUUCCCGGCGAUGUCAUUUUUCGCCGGUUUAUUAGGCGGUAUAUUCGGUAUUGGAGGUGGAAUGCUUAUAAGCCCUCUUCUUCUUCAAUCUGGGAUACCACCACAGAUAACAGCAGCAACAACUUCUUUCAUGGUCUUCUUCUCAGCAACAAUGUCUGCAGUCCAGUACCUGCUACUAGGAAUGCAAAACACAGACACAGCUUAUGUGUUUUCCUUUAUUUGCUUCCUUGCUUCGCUUUUUGGACUUGUUUUGGUUCAGAAAGCUGUAGCUCAGUUUGGAAGAGCAUCCAUUAUCGUGUUCUCGGUUGGAACAGUGAUGUCUCUGAGCACAGUCCUUAUGACUAGUUUUGGAGCUCUUGAUGUGUGGACUGAUUACAUGGCAGGGAAGGACAUGGGUUUCAAGCUGCCAUGUUAAGACAUCAUGGUGUGGGAUCAUCAACAACAGAGAUCUAAACAAGAUCAUCAGUUUCUUUUUAUCAUCUUCUUUUUCUUGUUUUCGCAACAGAAGCUCUGAAUUGACUUCUAUGUAAGAGGGAGAUUUGGAGCAAGGAUGCAUUGUUAUUUUUAUACCCUUUGUCAAACUUUGUAAUUUGGGGAUGUAACUAUAGCUAAGACCUUCACUUUUUGUGUCGCAGUUAAGUAGCUGCUAAUGUUAUGUGUUUAGUCUAAUGUUCUGUAAGCAAAUGAACCAGAAUGAUAACC